GCUUUGUCAUUGUCAAUUUGGCUUUUACUGCAUUUGUGUGCAUUUGUGCUAAUCGACAGUUGUGUCAUUCACAGCUGUGUUGUUAAAAACUUUUGUUUUUUGUCAAGUUAUGGGAUCAAUUUUAGAACAAUCAACAAUGUGUCGAAAAAAUAAAGUCAGUAGAAUGGUGUUGAAGUCAAACUCCUAGAAGGCACGCAAGGACCCACAAGCUUUCAGGAGGAAACUUUUCGAUCGAAUCACACAAAUAGAACACAAAUUUUAUUAUUUAUUACAGUUUUAUUUCUCAUCUAAGAAUAAAAAUUUUGGCCCAAACAACAAUCAACAUCAAAGAAAAAAAUUGCUCAAUCUUGCGCUGAUAGAAAGUGAAAUUUCUCAAGGAAAAGAAUAAUUCAUCUUAGCCGAUAAAAUUAAUUGAUUUUUUGUGGUAAAAAAAACGAUGGGAUCUGCGAGACCGCAGGAUAAAUCUUUAGGCGGAGGAAUUUCUCUACCUCAAUGGAUGAAAGGCAAAUUCGACAAUAAAUACGAUUUCGAUGACAGUGCUUUCAGUCCACCUUCGCAUGACGAUAACUUCUUUUUUAUUCGACUAUCCAAAAACCCGGUGACUGAAAAUGCCUCUGGAUUCACAAAUAUCUCCAAUGUAAUUAACUCAAACCAAGAAACCAGCAAAGUGCCCUCUGUUCAGACAAGUGCACCAAAUUUCAAAGACGUUAAACAAAUCGAUUUUAGUAAACAUCCGGAACCUUGCCAGCCAUUCGUCCCAAGUGCAUCAAACAAAGGACAAACGUACAAAAUUCCAAAAACUGUAUUGGCUAAUAAUAUCAAGCCAAAAUCGCAGGGUACGGACGAUGGUUUUCAUGGAACACCAGCCCUCUGUGGCAAGUCGAUUGUCCACGUAGCAAACCAAAUGAUGUCCAGUAAAUUAAACAAAACCAAUUCCACUUCAGAUUUUCGCACCGAAAAUGCCGACAAUCCUUUCCCAAAAGGGAGCAAAUCCCUGCCGGCGACGCCACUUGCCUCGCCCAUGUCGACACCCGACAGUUCACCAAAGUCUCGCAGAAGGACUCACGGCAAUAGAUUCUUCACCGGCGCUUUCGUCCCCGACAGGGAGAAAUAUCAGGGCAGUUGGAUUUUAGCUGGCAUUUUGGGACAGCCACGUGAAAUUGUAACUUCAAAGAUUGAUGAAGAGGAGGAAAUCAGCCACGAGAAUAUGCCGGGAAGAGUUUUAAGCCGUAAGAAAUCUAUUUCAUCGCAAAAUUUAACUUACGUCGGCAAAGACGAAAAAUCGCCUGAAAAACAAUCUGUAGCAAGUGUUUUUCAAGCUAAACCUUCAGAACUUCGAGAAAUGAACUUUUGGUCUCCAACUUCCAUGUGAAUUAUAUUAUCAAAUUUUUCCCAUUUUUCCAAAGUGUGGCUCUUAAUUUUUAUUUCAUUUUUUUAAAGAUCUGAUAUGAUCCUUUUUUGAUUUUAAAUAGAAUUUAAUUCUCUAACAACUAUAAGACAAUUCAGUAUCAUCUGAUGCUUUUCAAUUUCGCUGUUCGCACAUCAUUUUAUUUUCACAUUUUUUAAAAAUGUAGUGAAAUUUCGAUUUACUUUCUAAAAAUCUAAAUACAUAGUCGAUUUUAAAUAUUUCAUUUAAGUCUCAUAUUGAAAUAAAUUUUAAGCCGUAGAUAGUUGAUAAUUUAUACCCACAAAAAACCUUUGUAAAAACUCUUGAAAAAGUAGAUUAAUUAUUAUUUAUUUAUUAAAUGAUUUUUUAAAAACAUCGUAUGAUUAAGAGAUGAAAACAACGAAUAUGGUCCAUUACUGUUUGAAAGUGAUUAAAAUUUCUUUUUUUUAAACGAAUUUUAUCCGGAAAACUACCUACAUACAUUGAAUACGUUUUUAAAUAAUUUUUUUAGUUUAUUACGUCAUGUUAGCAACUGAGCACCUUUCUCUUUCAAGAAUAAUGAAAAACGUUGUUGAUAGACGAUAAAAAAAAAUUGUACCUGGUUUCUUUUCGAGUAAUUCACUACAUAUAAAUAUUUGUUAACUCGAAUUUAUUUAGAUUAAGUGAUGGAAAAUACUUUGAGAAUAUUGUAAUUUAAACAAUUUAUUAAUACUUUUCAUCGCAGCAUUGUGUGAAAACAACACAUUGUCUUUACAAAUUCAGUAAUAAUAUCAAUUUAAUAAAAUUGUCUUGAUUAUUUUAAA